UCAUGAAGAUUCUGAAAACAUGGAACAGGUUUUAGAAGCUGUGAAACAGCUGAGUAUCAAUGAUCUUAGACAGCAGUUAUCGGAUAAUGGAGUAAAUGUUGGUCCAAUUCUACCGAGCACAAAAUUAAUUUUUCAAAAGAAACUAGCAAGUAAACUUUAUGAAAAGCAGCAUCCAAUAUCUGAUGCAGUGGAUGGGAAUACAGGUGAUAACCAAGUAUUUCAAACGAGUGGCGAUACUCAGAUUUGCGAGCAGAAUGCAGAGACAGGACAAGUAAAAGAGGAGACGCCUGCUACAGAACCAGAGGUGUCUGUGUAUUAUGGAGUAUGCCCUCCUCUUGGAGUCUCAUUGGAAGAAAAACAAGGUCAAACUUUAGUGUUCACCGACAAAAAAUUGGCUUUACAGUCUGUAAAGAAGUUUUCAGGAGCCAGGUUCAAAUGUUUUAAAAGCAAAGAGGAUGCAGAAAAGUUUUCCAAGUUGUCUCCUGAUGACAUUGCAUCACCAUGGAAACCAACAACAAAAAAUGGAAAUGGUGCAAUUGCAACUUUGAGUACAGGAGUUUCAGUGGAAAGCAGUCCAUUUAAAGGCCCAAAGCCACAAGAGCUAAGCAAACUAAGAAAGGCAAUUGAGGAAGGAGACGUCGUUACUGUAGAAUCAUUGGUGUGGGAAAACCCUAGGUUUCUGGUCAGUGGAGGAGACACACCUGUUAUUCUUCAGGAAGGUCCAAGAUACAAUGCAUUGCACAUAGCGGCUCGAAGCAACCAAGCUGGAAUUUGUCAGCUUAUUUUGGAUACGUUAGAAGAUCCCAGCUUUAUUGACAAGUUAUAUGGCCAUACUAAUGAAACAGAGGGCACAAGGACAAACAGAAUUAACUUCAUUGUAGACCUGUAUCUCAACACUCCAGAUAAAGCGGCCUGUGAGGUCCCAUUACAUUUUGCAUGUAAACAUGGAUUUGCGGAAGUUGUGGCAGUUUUGAUAUCUCAUCCUAAAAUAGACAAAUCUGUGAGAAAUAAAUUUAAUGAAACUCCUAGAGAGAUUAUCUGCAGUAGAGUAGAUAAUGCUACAACUGCUCAAAGAGAAGAAAUUAAAGAGUUAAUGGAAGGUCAGUUUUUUGUCCCAUUGCUGCGGUCUGAGGACAACUCUUCUCAGCCUUUCAUUGGUAUUCCAUGGUCACCAGAAAGUUCCCGAAGCACGGUUAAUCUGCCACCUCUGUCCUGGAGCCCCAAAGAUCCUCUUAUGGCCGUCAAGGCUUGUGCUGGACCCAUGACUCCUUCCAAGGCAAAUUUGUUCCACAAGAGGUGGAACACCCCUCCAUCUAACAGUCCAGAUUAUGCAAAGCGAAAAUUUUAUUCGACUAAACGAGAAGACAGUGAGAAAGGUCUUGAGAGAAUCGGCAGGCAACUUGCACAUGACAUGGGGAUUCCUUGGGUGGAAUACUGGGAUUUCUUACAGACAUACACUGACAUGACAACUGAUGAUGGUCUGGAUCUCCUUGAGGAAUACCUACAGAAGCAGAGCCUAGCUCUUUGUAUUGAGGAGGCACUGGGAAAACUAGACCUCCUUUCUAACAGCUUCCACUCUUUUAAGUAUAACCAGAUGGAUAUGUCUAUCAGUCAGAGCAAAGACGGAGGAGGAAGUAUGAAUGUGUCCUGGUUGAUGUCCCCUCUAGCCGACAUUGAGGAAUCCUUGCACGAGCAGGAAAUGGUGGAUAUUGAUAAGUAUCUCCAUGGCAACAUCAUGGAUCAGGUGAAAAAUUACAGUUCCAAUGGAGCUCUUCCAAACUCAGAGACCAUGAAGAGGUCGGUAAGGAUAGAUGAAUCUUUCACAAUGCCAAAAAAGAAUAUUUAUGAUUAUGGAAGAAUGAAUCGAUCCAUGGAAUGGUCCAUGGAUAGUAGUGAUUGGUCACAGGAGAGUUUUUCUGGUAUCCUGACCCCAAUGUCCUGUUUAUCGGCUUUGUUCUCUAAACUAUCACUACUAGAUAGGUCACGCAGACAGAGAAGGCUUUCAGGAUCACAAGGAUGUUUAGGCAUUUCAUGUUUGGGGAGUGGAUAUCCAGGAUUUGUUAAAUCUACCAGGAGUGAACAUGGUAAAAUAGAAACAUCAGGUUUACAAAGCAAUGGGGCAGUUCCACAUGAUACAGAUAAUGUGAAAGAAAUGCAAAGUAGUGGAUGUGUCUACAUUAGGGAAGCGAGGCUGACAGCAGAUAAUAAUAAUCAGGAAGAUUUAAAAAAUAGCAACACUGAAGAAUACAGGAAAACAGCAGAUGGGUUUCAGUCAACUGAAUUGUUUGUUGUGGAUGAUAAUCUGAAUAAAACAACCAUCAUAAGUGCUAAGGAGCCUGAUGAGUCUACUGUACUAGUAGACAAUGUACAAAGUUGUGAGACAAAUAUUCGAGGAGAAACAAAUUGGAGAGAAAAAUCACAGACUUCAAGUUCAUCCUCUCAGGGGGAGGAACAUCAAGCAAUUGAGGAACUCCUCCAAAGGGCCAGUGCAAUAACAGAAUCCCAAAGACAGCCAACAGAUCAGAUUGAUGAUCUUGUGAAUCAGUUUAACGAGAAAAUAGACUUCAGAACCUCAGUAAAUUCAGAGAGCGCAUUAAGUAAUCAAUCAGAAAGAGAAACUCCAAUGCCAAGGAAAAGAUUGACAUUCUCCGAGGACAAAGUUGAGGAGCAGAUGGAGAGUUCUACAGAGGAGGACCUGGAAUCCUGUCAUCUAGACAUCACCCUACAGUUAGACAAGGAUAGGGUGCCUAGCUUUGAAUUUCAGUCCAUGUUUGAGCUGCUUAAUGAGAAAAAGACUUUACAAAAUCAAAAAGAUGGAAACACAAGGCGAGUGAUUUACAGUCGAGACAUUAUUUUAGAUCUUGCUGGACAGAAUCUGGAGGAUGUAGAUAGUGUAAGUCUCAGUGUUGCUGUUGUCCCACCUAAUUCUACAGUUGCAGAAAUGGCGAUAUUUUCUAACAUUCCAUUCUUUGUGAUUCGAGGAAGCCAGUAUAAACCAGGGGACUCUUUUCCCAGUAAAUUACCAGCGAUGGUGGAUGUUGUCUUCAAUUUCGUGAAGGAUUCUGUAACAUCAGCGUUGGCAGUCAACAACAAAUCUAGAGGGAAAAUAUAUUUUAUUAGUGGCUACCAGCCCAGUAAGACAGACUUGGAUGUGUAUAGAGCAAUACAAGGCAGGGAGGUGGAGAAGGAGAACUAUCCACUUAUCCACAGGUGGAGAGCCUUAGUUUCCUCCAGGAUGGCCAAUCCUAACUGCAGUUGGCCAAGUCCUGCAAGAUCACAUUUCCAAGGCAAUUUGUCUGCCAGUUUUCCACAAGUGUCCACUCCAAACAAAGCCCCAGAGAGCCCUAUUGUGUUUUACAGAAGUCCAAUUCCUCGAGGGACCCCAACACGACAAAAAAUGUCUGCUACCUGGUCAAUGCCUAACAUUAAGGCUCAGUUAUUUCCAAGGUCACCAAUGGCAGAAAGAAGAUGAAAACUGGAUUAAAUAACUUUGUAAUUAUUAAUAUUAAGAAGAAAAUAUGAAAGCCUUCAUUUUUGGGGAUAUAUAAAUAAAGACUAAAUUUGUCAUUUUUCAUUGGACAUAUGAUAACAAAUGUCUUUAUGGUACAUUCUUCAAAAGAAGACUGAGCUUCAGUGUUGGACUUUUUAGUAGAGAGCAUUUUGUGUGAUUCCAUUUCCUGCUGUGAUAAUGUGUGUGCUUAUGUAUAAGUAGACUCAAUAAACACUAGGUAGAAUUAGGUUCUUAGACCUUUCAAACUUAUCAUACACUUUGUUUUCUCAGAUGUUGUGAAUUUGUGUGCAGAACUGAUAUUUUGUAUUCUUUGUACAGAGCUUAGAAACUGUUUAGCAUUGUAUCAUAGCUUGAACUGCUUGUUUUUCACUACAGCUUAGUUAAUAGUGAGAAUGUUCAUAUUUUUCAUUUUUAGUGAAUAAGGUUUUAGUUUUUAUUGUCAAAGUAUAUUUUAGUUAUUGAAUUUUUAUUGUUUUCUUAACUACACAAUGUAUGUGUAUGGACUGAGUAGCAUCAAGUUGAAUCAGGUUACACAGUACAUUCAGUCGGGUUAAUCAAAAUAUAAUUAAUUAAGUUUGUAACAUCAUGAUUAUUGCUUUAGAGAUUUUUUAACAGUCAAGCACAUGAAGAAAUACAGUAUUUUUCUUUUACAUUUGUCCAGUUCAUUUCUGCUUUGUAGAGGUGUCAUUUCUAAAUAUUAAAAACUUUGUCUCGGAUAAGUUGUGAUAUGAAAACUUAAUGCUGUAAAAUAUCUUCUUCUUUAAGUUCUAUGCUAUUUUUCUUUGAUUUUUUUUUAAAUAGCAAUCUUCAUGCCUGAAAGUAAAAAUGAAAAAAAAAAAUGUAUUUAAAUAGGAGGAAUAAAAAAAUACAUGUAUAUUAUCUAUGGGAAGUAUUGAAAUUUAGAUUAAUAUAAGGAAAUUUAAACUGAAUAUAAAAAAAAGGUAUAUAAAACUUUUCAUGUUCAUAAAUGACUGAAGAAAAAUCUUAAGUCUUGCUGAUAUCAAACUCAUCUAAAGUUUACAUAGGGAAUGUUUUAACUGCUGAUUGACAGUACAUUAAACAGCAUUACAGAUUUUAAAUUUGCAUUCUGUGUUUGUGGAUUAACAAUUUUGGAAGUAUAAUGAUGAUGUGUAAUUAGGGCCCUGCAAGAAUUUGUGGGUGCCCUAGAGACUAUAGUAAUCACUCUGUCUGUCAAUCUGACUUCAUCUGUCAUUCUUCCAUCCACAUUUUAAAAAAAAAUUUAAUUUAUUUUUUUUGUAACUUUUUUUAUUUUUUUUUAUUUUUUAUUUUACAGUUUUCCUAUGAAGUUCAGUUUUGGUGUGUUUGUUGAAUUUGGCAGUAAGACAUAUUUUGAUACCAAUUUUGAGUCGGGUCUUAUCAAGGGAGCUGGGGUGGUGGGGUAGAUUUUUAAUUUGUAGAAACAUUUUCAUCAGUUAUAACUCUUUGCCCAUUCAAUCUUGUAAACUGUGAAAGCUGCAAGGAGUCCCCUUUAUUAAUAAUCUUGCCUGCUGCAGAAAAUCUAGAACCUAAUCUUUCACAUUAAGAUUAAUUAACACCUCUGUCUGCAGGUGAUGUUAUUCUGAAGUUAAGGUCAAGUCUGGGUUAAGUUUGCAAUCACUGAAGGGUUGUCAUUUUUUAAAGUGCAGAACUUUAAUCUCGAUCAAAUACACAUUUUGUUGCAAUAUAUUUUAUGGAAUUGAAAAAAUGUAUACAUGUAAGUAAAAAUAUCACAUUCUUAUUGCUGCCUUAUGUAAAGUCAAGGACACUAAUAAUUUUUAUAGGUAAUUGGAUAAUAUCCUCAGUUUGUCUUUGCUGAAAGUAUUCAUAUUGUAGACAAAUAAUGACCCCCAAGGGUAGGGCGGGGCCACACUAGGGAAUCCAAGUUUUGCAUUGAAAUACAUAGAAAAAAUCUUUAAAAAUCUUCUCCUAAAGAGCCAUUGGGCCACAAUAGCUGAAACUUAUCUGGAAGCAUCCUGGGGUAGUGUAGAUUCUAAAUUGUUCAAAUCAUGACCCCGGGGGGGUAGGUUGGGGCCACAAAAGAUAUUAUUACAAUGGAGAAAAUCUAGUGAAGAAUAUGGCAGGGUCAUAGUUACUCAGGUGAAGGCCGUGGCCCAUAGGCCUCUUGUUUUUCUUUCUCCAAUUAUCAUAAAUCCAUCCCUUAAUCUGCACCUUUAGAUGUGUAUGCAUCUUUGGGGCCCUUGCUGACUGGUCAGUUUUCUAGUUUCUCAUUAAUAUUGUAAAUCACAUUUACAAGAACAUAUAUCACACAUAAUUUUACCCGAUCAUCUGAUACAAAAAAAAAAAUGUACUCUUUAAACUACAAAAUAAGUUGAGUAAUAAAUUGAACGAAGUUUAAAGGAAAUUAUUAUGUAGGAUUUCUUUAACAUUGCUGAUAAUUGAGGUCUUCAUUUUCACUAAACUGCUGAUGUAUAAAAACUUUUUGAAGGAAAGAGAGCUCUGUUUAAUCAAAAACUCUCCCAUACAUGUGAAACUAUUGCAAAAUUAAACAUUAUGAAUAAUUAGAAAAAGAGCUAAUAAAUUGAGUAAACUUCAGUCUUGUAGGUAGGGAAAAAUUACUUUAUUUAUUUGGUUGUGGUGCAUAAUUUAAUAGCAAUGUAACCGUGUAGUGGAGUUUUUUCCUCUGCAUGUAAACUCAUCAGAAUGUGGAUUCCAUUGACUCUUUCAAUGAUUUUAAUGUAUAAUUGUACAUAUUCUCAAUCCAAGUUGGAUGUUUCAUGAACAUUAACAAUGUUAGAAUGAAAACUCAGAUUACACUAUCCUUAUAAUUUGAUUAGUUUCACUUACAUUUUGUAAUAAUAUUCUAGAUUAUUUUUCACUUUAAUAAUUUCCCAUUUGCCCAGAAAUUUAUUUUCAAUAUGUUGCCACAGCUGUGUUCAUUUUCCAGUUUGAUUGCAUUAUGUAAUAUUUUAUACAAUUUUAUUUUAUAUUUAUUUAUAAAUGUUGAUUUUUUUUUUCAUGCAAGUACAUGUAUUGCAGUAAAUU